GAGAGAGAGAGAGAGAGGUCUGUGUAUUUUCAGCCACACGCUGACAGCUGUGCAGCAACCCCACGUACGUGCUCAUAUCCGGAGGAACACAUAGACAGAGAGGAGAGACGGAGGAGAGGCUGAGACAUCCCUCGUGUUUUUUUUUUUUUUGCACCUUUUUUUGCUCCGCAGACGCGUACGUGACUUAUCUGCUCCCGGAUUUCCCUUCAACUUUUUCUGUGUGGUUUUUAUACUGUUUUUCACUGUCGCAUCCCCUCCAUCCUCCGACUCUUUGGAAUGAACUGUUUCCCUGCCUGCGUCGUUUCCAUGUCAGCAUGGGAACUGCCGUGUCCAAAAGGAAGAAUUUAAGAAACGAUGCGAUAUCUUCUGUGGCAGCAAAAGUUAGAGCAGCGAGAGCAUUUGGAGAGUACCUGUCCCACACACACCCUGAAAACCGAAACGGAUCAGCUCAUCUUCUGUGUGAAACCUUGGUGGGUCCCGACCCGGAGUCCCCAAGUGACACGAUUGGUCCCAACAACAAUAAUCACCUUCACCCCUGCUCCAACACUACCAAGGGCUGUGAGGACAAACGGGAGCCCAGCCUGGUGAAACCCCCGCUGGGCUUACUCCAGCCACCUCCCCCCUCCAUCACCAUCUCUACCAAAGCGUCACGACUCUCCCUUGAGCGCAGCUUCUCAGCGGAGGAAGACCAGCAGAAGUCCAUCGAGUGCACCCUGCAGCCUGCCCGCGUGUACACCAUCACCACCCAGCGCGGUAUGCUGAUGAGCAGCGGCCGGGGCAGCAAGGAGAGCCUAGAACUGGACGUCCUAAAGGAAAAGACGGGGAGUGGCGGGGUUGGAUCCAGAGGUGGCUUGAUCCAGUCCUCCACUUCCCCUUCCUCCACCUCAUCUUCUCCAACACAAUACCACCAGGCCAGCAGCGGCCGUUGCACCAGCCACCAUCACAGAAACCAUCACGACCCUCACCACGGGAACCACCACCAUGCGCCCUCCAGUAGUGCAGGAAGUAGCGGGGCAAGUGGAAGCAGCAGUAGCAACCAGCAGCAGCAGCAGCAGCAGCAGGCUUUAAACGUCGCUGGAUCCCACUCCCAUCAUGGAUCACACCACCACCACCAUCACCUGUCUCAACCCCCGCUGCAGACCUCCGUCAGCGCCCACAACAUCCGCAGCUGGGGCGAGGGUGGAAAAGGGGAGGCGGAGUGCAGCGGGCUGGCCUGUGAGUCAUGCAGCGGUGCCCCCUCACGGAGCCAGGGCUCCCUGGAUCUGGAGAGCGCUUCCCGAGAGGCAGGCAAGCAGCACCGACGCCUAGAGCGGAUGUGGAGUGUGGACCGGGUGACUGGGCUGGAGAGAGAAGACACUAACUGGUUCCCCAAGGAAAAUAUGUUCAGCUUUCAAACUGCCACAACAACCAUGCAGGCGAACUUCCGGAAGCAUCUUCGGAUGGUGGGCAGCAGGAGGAUGAAAGCACAGACAUUCGCUGAGCGUAGAUCGAAGAGUUUCAACCGUUCCUGGAGUGACCCCACCCCUGUCAAGACAGACCCUCCUCAUGAACCUAGAGACAGCGGAGACCUGCAGACCUCCUGUAAUACCUUGGAUGAAGGAGGCCUUGAUGACAGUAUGGACUGGGAGGAGGAGAGGGAGAUGGAGAGGCUUGCCUGUGAAGCGGACGACUUUGUACCUCCCAAGAUCAUGCUGAUCUCAUCUAAGGUCCCGAAGGCAGAGUACGUUCCCACUAUAAUCCGCAGGGAUGACCCCUCCAUCAUCCCCAUCCUCUAUGACCAUGAACAUGCAACUUUUGAUGAUAUUUUGGAGGAAAUAGAGAAGAAGCUCACAGCUUACAGGAGAGGAAGCAAGUUCUGGAGGAUGCUCAUCUUUUGUCAGGGAGGCCCCGGUCAUCUGUAUUUACUGAAGAAUAAAGUGGCAACUUUCGCUAAGGUGGAAAAGGAGGAGGACAUGAGCCAAUUCUGGAGGAGGCUUAGUCGCUUCAUGAGUAAAAUCAACCCAGAGCCCAACCUCAUCCACAUAAUGGGAUGCUACGUCCUGGGCAACCCCAAUGGAGAGAAGCUGUUCCAGAAACUGAAGAAUCUGAUGAGGCCUUAUUCUGUCGAGUUUGAGUCGCCGCUGGAGCUGUCUGCGCAGGGCAAAGAGAUGAUUGAGAUGUACUUCGACUUCCGCCUCUACCGACUCUGGAAGACGCGCCAGCACUCCAAACUCUUGGACUAUGAAGAGUUUUUGUGACGAAGAAACUCGGAUGACGGGCCCCGCAGAGCCCCCCCUCCCAGUGCCACGAGGAACAAUUGUUAACAACUGAUCCAAUGACUGAACCUUGCUCAACUAUAGCGCUCGACCCGUCAACUCAAUAUAAACAGUCACGCCUCCUUUCAUCCUGGAGAGGACUGAGAGAAGAGGAGGAGGAGGGAUGACAGGCAGGACAAGGAGGCUGAAGACAAACUAAAUUACUCCGUGCCUCAGCUCCUCCCCGUUUUCAGAGAAAGGAUCAGGGACUAACAAGGGCCGAGAAAACACGCAUAAAAGAAAAUGAGGAAAUAGCAGAGACGUCUGGACUGUUCAUGUCUUAGUCAUCAACUCCCUUUGCCUCCUGAGUUUGAAAGGAAAAUAAAAAAUUCAAAAGUGUAAAAAACGAAAUAUCAUUUUAGUCACACCUCUGUUGCAAAGACACAUUUUUCUGAGGCUGAUGUGCUUCAGAAAAAUCACAGAAACUCAUCCUGCCAUUAUGUGGUUCUGUGUUUUGACCGAACCUCUCAGACGACCCCGGACACAUACAUAUACAUGAAUAAUCCAUAUGUCGAUGUGUGUAUAUAUCACAUUAAUAUAUUAGCAUAGCUUUAGUCAUGCAAAUAAUACUCUAUAUGAAAAUAAUGAUGCAUCAUUUAUUUUUGAUGUGCAUUGUUGUGCAGUUUCAUAUGGAAAUACUUUGGAAUAACUCAGGUUUUAGCCAUGAAGUAAUUAAUCUGUUUGUCUAUUCUAUCAAGAUAUUGUAAUCUUCAUCGCCAUCGCUUGGAACGAAUGUAUUAUCUCUCUAGAAAUGUAUCUUCGGUUUGAGGAAUUGAGCUUCAUGUUUUGGUAAAAAAAAAUAACAAAAAAAAAAGUGCUGAUUUUGUGUGCGAGUGUGCGCGCGUGUUUCCCAUGUCAAAAAAAAAAGAAAACAGGCAGAUGUGUUGUGUGUAUUUUCUCUUUCUGCUCCUCUGUUGAAGCAAACGUAGUUGUUCAUCACCUCCACCUUCCAUCUUUCUCUCUUUGUGUCCCAUACACACGUACGCAAAGACAGUCGAGUAUGAUUUAUGAUGUCAAGAGGGAUGAAACAGCCAUCCAAGUGCUCCUACCACUGUAGUGUAGGAGUUGCCCUAUUGAUCCUUCCUGCUCUUUCGCAGAAGGUUCAGGCCACUUAGUCGGCCCCUGUCAACGGCGCCAGCUGCCCUCGCUAUCUGCCAAACACCCUUGGCUUCACCCUAAUGGCAGCCAAACAAGCUUCCGCCACCUCUCACUUCACUGGGCUGUGAUCCAGUCUGAGGACUCGAGCUCUCUGAAUUAAACAGAUCUGCCAGAGGUUUAAGAUAUUAACAGCCUUCUGCCGCCCCUGCCAGGUGUCAGCUAGUUAAAAGGCCAGAAAUACGCGGUGAGUGUGUGUGUCUGCGUCCAACCAACCGAGCGGCCUGAGCUGUCUUACGCAGAUUAAAUUAAAUCAAAUAUGGAGAGCCGACAGCUGGACAGCAAUCUGAAAUUAUGCGCAAGUGCUCACACAGACACAAACAAACAAACCACUAGGGCUGGGACGAAAAGAAGUUUGAAGAGUCAAUAACUUAAAGGAGCAUUCCACAGAUUUUGCAAAUGAAAUAAUCAAAUCUGGAAUACUACACAGCCUGUGGAACCAUUUUUAUGAUGUCUGCUGUGGAGAUGGAUUUCUAAAGUGUGAGAAAAUGACCCUGGUGAUGUCAUCAGGGUUAUCUCAGCUUUGGCUUUACACUGCAAUCUAUCGAGUUAUGGCAAGUGUAUGAUAGGUGUAUUUUGGGGCUCGACUUCAAGGGACUAAAUUCUCUCACAAUCCCCCUGCUUAUGGAAGUGCAAUACUAAACCACCUUAAAUAAUAACUCCCUUUAUUUUCUUUUAUUUAAAGCGGCAUUCAACAGGGCUGACCCAAAUGCUUCAAGCUUCAAAGCUUCAGUCAUUGCUAUGGUAAAUGAUGUCCAGAUCAGUAUUCAAAUGUUUUGUUUGUUUUUUUCACCAGUAAACUGGUGAAGGGAAGUGAAAGGAAGUGGCAAGUGUCUGACACAAAUGAAGCCCGUGUCCUCAGCAUCGUCAUUGACCCCUGCUUCAAGCAUUAAAUUGGCUGUCAGACGAGGGGAAAAAAAGCAGGUGAAACAAAACACAGAUCAUUAUCCACAACUGGCAACUGUAGUGAAGUGCUUUUCUUGCAUCUAGUGAUGUGGCUCGACACGUGGCUGUCUGAGUUACUAAUAAGUUACUGAAAGCACCACGUCCUACUAAACUUGUCUCGAGUUUGGGUGGUUUCCUAGCGCAUAUGAUCCCCAUCACCCAGGGUCCUGUCACGUCCUGUUGAAGCUUUGAAUAUUCGUGGGUACUUACUACUGAAGCUUUGAAGCUUUGCAUGUAGUGAUGCGGCCCAACCCAGGCUUUCCGAGUUAUUAAUAAGUUACAGAAACACUGCGUGCAAUAGUCUGACUUCUCUUCCCAUCACUCGUAGAGUCAGGUUCAGGUGGUCCCAUCGGGUAUCAUUGAAACUUUGAAUAUUGGUAGUAUUUGACAAAAUGGUGACCAAAUAGAAGCAGAAAAAUUUCAGAACUCUAGUGUCAGUUUACCGUUCAAUUUCUCAGGUUGACGUGCACUUAAGGAAAUUAUUUCAUCUAUUGUCAAGUUUCCGAAUUUAAGCUACAUAUAAAAUGUCCAUCCAACUGACCCAAGUAAUUCUAACAUAUGCAAAAAAAAGCACCAUUUAUGUUAUCAAAUCAAAUAAAACUGAGAUGAGACGACAGAAUUGUGAUGAUAGCAUUUACCUUAUUUACUUUAGUGAAGUUUAUGUAAUUAAGUUAAUAAAUUCUAUGUGGAUGUUCACCAACUUGUUCAAAAUACACUGAUUUUUUUAACAGUAAUUAAAUCAAAUUUAUUACAGUAAAUUAAAUUCUUAUGGUCUACUUAUCUCAGAUUUAUUUGAUUUAAUGACAUAGAUGGUAUGUUUUUUUAUUUAUGUUAGAACAGCUUGACUCAAUUGGAUGGACGUUUUCAAUAUAGCCUGACUGAAAUACAUAAACCUGACAACACAGAUCAAAUAAUUACUCCAAGUGUGUUUCCGCCAAGGUCCUGAUGAAGGCAGAAACUAUUUGAAUGCGUCACCCUAAGAAAUAAACUGAGGCUACAGUAUUGAGUUUUUGUGCCUCUACAGUGCUGCAAUCUCCGCUUUUGUGUGUGUCCCUUUUUAAACAAAAUGCUCCAGCAUGUCAGCCAUAAUUCUAUGAAUAUGGCCGCAAUCCAAAAAGAUAUUGCCAAGUCACGCCACGACUCGCUCCUUGGCCAGUCACAGCGGUGUCCCACAAUGAUGGAAGCCCCUGAAUGUCAGCGAAACAUCGCUGUAGAGCAACACUUUGACUCCAAACCAGUCGCUGAGUGUUCGCAUAAGUGAGCGGUGUGCGGGAAGUUUACAGAGUGCAUGAGGGAAAUGAUGAAUAGAUUUCAGUGGCUCCAGCCCCGCAUAACACACACACACACACACACACACACGCACAUAUACAAACACACACAGGUGAAGAUACUCUACUUCUAUAUGGUAAAUACUUUGCCAUUUGUCAUUAUUUGUGUGAAUGUGUUAAUAUUUGGAGCAUUAUGUGCAGGCUUUAUUUUGUGUUAAAGUCAACCAGUCUCACUGGAGUGCUCUCUAACUCUCUACUAGCAGAGCUCUGGUUUUUAUUUGCUUUUGCCCUCUCUCUGACAUUGCAGUGCUGGCCUACAGUUUGUCUGGCACUGACAAGUGCUCUCUCAGCCUGAGUCACGCAGUACAUGUUUUCACUCCAGAUUUAAAAUUCAACACUUAGAGACAACCUGUCGUAUCAUGGAGCCAUUUUAAUUCCAGCAGAAGCAUUAAGCUGCCGACUUCUCAAAGAUGUUGCCCUCAACAGCUGCUGGGUGUAAUGGAAUUUUUUGUUUUUUUCUGAUCUUUACACCGUGGUAUAAAUUUCAUUUUAGAAACUGAGACACUGGUUAAUUUUAAGCAAAACAGCAAUGUGUUGGAUUCAGUCAAUUCAGUAAAUGUUUUUCUUACGCCAUAGAAAACAGAAUAAAUGUCAUAUCCAGUCUGUAAAGAAAUUACUGGUUAUUAGUCUUCUGUUUGAAUUUAUUGGGCUAUACGUGAUGUGAAGAGCACUCUGACUCAGGAGUUUGAGAGAGCUUUCUUGUUUUCUUCUUCAGCAAAAAAAAAGAAAGACAAAAAAAUCACUGGAAAUCUAAUUAAAGAUGCAAACGUGUCUAUUUGUCUCUCUCAAUCUGUGUUGUAUUAUUUGCCUUUUCAUUUCAUUUCAAAUAUUGGGAAAAUAAAACAAAA